UACAUCGAUGAAGUUAUUGGCUGAAAGUACAGUCGAUAGACAACAUUGGACCAAUGAGUAAUGUUACUGUAUAAUUUAGCUGUCCAACCACAMGAUCAGAAUUAAAGAGUGCAGCCCGCCCAGGUUUAUCAGCCAGUAGUCUUGCGGAUACAACUGUCAUUUACAGUGGACAUGGGGACGGUAGGGAAUCGCCAAAUAUUAGGGAAUAUGUUUAGCUAACUGUAUAAAUUAAGUUUGUAAAACAACAUAUAUUUAAAGUUAUCGACAAACAUGCACAAAGAAGACUUGUUUUAGUGUUCUUCAGAAGCGGAUAUCUUGGCGAUUUUUUCCCUGAAAGUGAUACGAAGCAGCAGAAUGUCAGUUCCCACCAACUCGCUUCAACAACAGUCCACAGUCAGACGUAGCAAUGCAGGGUCCCCCAGUUUWUCCAACAGCUGCCGUUUGCACCCCAUCCGUGCUACCGUGCCCUACCAGCUCKUACGCGGGGGCCAGAGCAGCCCGACACGCUCUCUGCCUCUCUCGGUUGGAGGCAACAAUGGACCGACAAAUAGCCGCGGGUCAUCUCCCCCAAGUGCGACACUGAAUCUUGGAGUAAAUUGCACUGGCGCCACGAGACAGAGACUGUCUCCUGAAAAUAGGGUCUCGCACUCACCUGACCGGYGUCCAAACUCACCCGUUUGUAGAGGAGAGAGGUCCAAACAGCAGGUGCGUAGCUCCAGUGCUAUCCGGCGGACAUCUUCCCUGGACGCCAUUAUGGGGCCGUACCUCACAGGCCAGUGGCCUCGUGACUCCCARGGACCCUACCCUUCCUGCAUGAAAGACAAAGCCACACAGACUCCUGGUCUGUGGAUAGAGGAGGGAGGAGGGGAGCAGGGAAGCCCACACCAGCGGUCAGCCUCCUGGGGUAGUGCAGACCAUCUGAAAGAGAUUGCUAAACUCAGGCUGCAGCUCCAGCGCAGUAAACAGGUCAGCCGCCAGAGCAAAGACAGAGAUCAGCAGCUGGGACUACACACCAGCACCACAUGCCAUCUCCAGAAUAAGGUGGUUUCCACAGCCUGUCGAACAUCCCAGUGCCCAAAGUCCCUCAUAUCGAGAUAUAUAGUGCCCUGCUGUAGUUCUUGCACUCCUCGCAUCCCUUCAUCCUUCCCUCCAUCUCCACCUCUGACCUCUCAGGCUUUGGACGUGUUGGACGGCCGCCGCGCCCCGUUUCAGCCUCAUCGCUACGGCAAUGGCGGUGACACACGUGACACGGACACCCAGGCCCCCUCUAGUGGCGGUUCCAGCCCCUGCCCCUUCACCCCUGACCCCCUCCAGUCCCCAGAAGGCAGCCCCUGCUCUACAGAAGAGCUUGACAAAGACAGCGGCUGCAGCUCUCCCCUUCCCAAGUUUGCCACCUCUCCCAAACCCAACAACAGCUACAUGUUCAAACGGGAGCCUCCGGAGGGGUGUGAGAGGGUCAAAGUGUUUGAAGAGAUGGUGUCUGGUGUCUCCAGAGGCUUCCCUCUUUUUUCAUGCCCAGAUAAAAACAAGGUGAACUUCAUCCCCAGGGGCUCCGCCUUCUGUCCCGUCAAACUCCUCUGCUCCUCCCACUUCACCACAACCUCACCCAGCCCUGGUCUCCAUGGAAGAAGCAGCACAUGGCCCGAGGACGCCAUGACACCCGCUAGUUCCACUACUCUGGCCUCCACUAACUGGAGCUCGUCUAUAGGCACAGACAUGGUCAGUAGCUCAGACACAGGUGUAGGCACCGACACAAGCACAGAGAACAGCACAGACAGUCUGAGCCCAGACACUAACACAGACACAGGUGAACUGACAAGCACAGCAGUGGUCCCAGGUGGCCUGUCUACAGAUCCCUGCUCCACUACACACAUCCUUCUUACCAGCUAGUUCUCAGGUACAGUCCAGCUUAUGAGCAUUAGCCUGGUCCCAGAUCAGUUUGAGCUGUCUUGCUAACUCCUAUGGUCGCAAUGACCAUAGAAGGUAGCAAAAGUAGCACAACAGCACAACAGAUCUGGAACCAGGCUAGCUGAGUAUGGCUCUUUAACGCAACAUUAGCCAGCAAGGAGGGCCUAUCCUUACUAACCUAGCCUUCUCUUCUGAAAGGUGUGGCGGGCAACAUCCUCCAGAAAGACUUGUUUUCUAUUCAGAGGGUAGAUUCAAUUGUUUCAUGUAUUGUGUUCUGUAGCAAUCAGCUUUAUCAAAAUCAAUUAAAGAAAUUGAGAAAAAAAUAAGGGAAUUAAGCAAUGGGCAAGAGAAUAACAUGUAUUUUAUUGAAUUUUGAAAAUGUUUAUCUAACCAGCUUAUUUAGCUGUUCUGUGUUGCUAGUCAAUAUUACAGCAUGGAUAAGCUUUUUAAUAUAAAAUAUCAUGCCUGUUUAUAUUGAAAACCCUAUUGGGAUGUCCUACAGUUAUAAUACAAUGCUCCACCUUUCCCUGAAUGUUUACAAUUAUUUCAGGUUUCAAUCCAGUUUAUGUAAACGCAUGACAAAAAGCUGAAGACGAUCUGAAAGUGACCAAACAGCCAGCUACAAAGCACAGUGUCCCCACAUAGCCAUGUUUCAGGUCCCCUGAAUAACCAAUGAACUCAGGUCAUUUGGAAUGUACUACUACUCAAGCAUGAACUUUGACGUUGCCUUUUAUGGUUCAUUCACGACAUUACUCCUAAGACAUUCCAUAGUCUUUAUACAAGUGCUGAUUCUAAUCUUUCAACACAACAUAUUAAAGGAUUUCCAUCGUUAGAAAUGAUAACUUGGUGCAUGGGAAA